CUCCGGGAAGUGGCCGAGAUUAGAGCCAGCGCGGGCCGCACCGCGCCGCGAUCGUAAGCCCACUUAAGACUGUUUUUAAUACUAGUAUUUUUUACGCGAUCCCGACAGGAUUUAACGGAUAAGCGACGUCGCCGCGAUCGUGCGCUUUGAUUUAUCGGUUUCGGAUUCGGAUACGGUUUGUUUUCUGGUGUUUACGUUAGUGGGUGACGGCAGGCCGCGCGUGGACGCGUGUAAUCCCGUGGCUUGUACCAGAUUAUGACGGAUAUCAUCGGAUUUCGUGUACACACACUGUGAAAAACAACUUACCGUGGAAGCACUGGACUUAAAUCAGCUGUGAUACUAAGGCGGGCUUAAUUCUUUUCACCACAAGCGGGGAAUGUCCCGCGCGUGAACAUCAAAGGUCGCCACGCGACUCCACCACUUGUGACCAGCAAGCCGCCACCAUUCACCUACGCGUGUACAAAGAGGCUCUCGCGGCCGGCAUGGAGCCGCUCAGCGAGAACGGGCUCUGCCUCUCAGAGCUCGAGCUUCACGGGGGGCACCUGCACGACUCGGUGGCGGCGUCUGUCGGCUCAGCCAUCUCCAGUCUAAUGGCACCGCUACAUCAUGAGCCGCAACACACGCCGCUGCACCACGCCCCACCAUUGCACCACGAGCCAUUGGAGAAACUGAAGCUUUUCUCUUUGUCCGCAGUAUGGGCGGAAACGGGUGAGUUUCGGGACAGCGGACACUCGUCGCUUGCGUCCGCUGGCUCGGGCGUAGAGCAGUCCCUAUAUGCGCCGCCACGACCGAGGCGGGACCGCAAGCACACAGAUGACAACAAUCGGGCGUUAACGUCGGAGCCAACGAUCAAAACAGAAUCUACGACACCUGGGGUUGGUCCAGACGAACCGUCGCUGGACGACAAAGGGGACAAGAAGAACAAACGCCAGAGACGCCAGAGGACGCACUUCACCAGCCAACAGCUGCAAGAGCUGGAAGCGACCUUCGCUAGAAAUAGAUACCCUGAUAUGUCCACGCGCGAGGAGAUCGCCAUGUGGACAAACCUCACUGAAGCGCGAGUCAGAGUUUGGUUUAAAAACCGAAGAGCGAAAUGGCGGAAGCGUGAAAGAAACGCGAUGAACGCAGCAGCGGCCGCCGCUGCCGAUUUCAAAAACGGCUUCAGUACGCAGUUCAACGGACUAAUGCAACCGUUCCCAGACACGGAUGCGCUAUAUUCAUCAUACCCUUACAACAACUGGGCGGCGAAGGUGCCCAGUCCGCUGGGUACCAAGAGUUUUCCGUGGCCAGUGAAUCCUUUAGGGUCGGUGGUGCCAGCGAGUCAUCAUCAAGGUUCGGUGAACUGUUUCAACUCCGCAACAUCUAUGGGCGGCGUGGGUGGUGGUGGAAUGGGCGGUGUGGGUGGUUCAGCCGGCGGUGGGGUGGCACCUUGUCCAUACACGGCGCCUCCGAACCCCUACAGUAUGUACCGCGCGGAGCCUUGUGCGGCGAUGUCGUCGUCAAUCGCUCAGCUACGUUUGAAAGCUAAGCAGCAUUCUUCGGGGUUCGGUGGAGGAUACGGUUCGGUAUCGCCGGUGUCUCGCGCUGGAUCGGCGCCUUUAUCCGCGUGCCAGUACGCUGGCGGAGUCGGUGUGGCGGACCGCGUGCUCUGAGAGGAGGCGCGCGCCCGCGACGAAGCGCGCUCGCCGUUGCUCGCCGCCGCGCGCGUCUCCUAGUCGCCGCCCGCGCGCCCACCCGGCGACGCUCCCGGCCUCUACAGGCAUCUUUGGGACUGGUUCGACUGAGUGAUCGUGCAUAAACACUAAUAACUUUUCGACUUAAUUGACCUAACAUUUUUGAUCAAGACGGUGCGAUUGAAAUCAUCGACAUUUACAAACUUUUUAGGAAGACAGGUCUUAAUUAAAGUACAUAAUCUGAUAUCGAUAGUUUUGUGUAAAUUGAUAUUACAAUACAGAAAUUCAACAAUGCCGUUAUACAAGUGUAAAAACUGAUAUUUGCUUAUGGUGUUUCAUAAAGUUUUUAUUUUCUUAUGAUGUAAUCAUUCGGGCACACCACAUGUUAUGCCAGUGACUUACUAUGUAAAUAAUAUAAGAUAGUUGAAUUUCAGAACAUAGGUAAAUUGAACAGACUACUUAAUUGGAUUGUAAAUAGAUAAGUACUUAUAUUUUUGACUGUAUUAAAAUGUUCUAAUCUCGGACUGAGAUGACCGUUGUAAUAACAAAGGUCAUUGUAGUCGAAAGUUUAGGAAGUUGUGCGAUUUAAAGGGUGCGUAUCGCGUUCGAGAUUACCUAUAACUACACUUAAAAAAAUAAAGGUUCGUCAUGAAACUUCGGGCAAUAAAGAUUUAACGAUUCUUUUUAAGACUAUGUAAAUAUGUAGUUAUGUAUGUACGUAUACCAAAGCGAUGUGUGCAAUUUUUAUAAGCUUACGAUGUAUUUAAAUAGAUAAGAUUAUAGAUUUUAAGUGUGUAGUUUAAUUAUUAUAAAUCAUAAUUAUAUGUAAAUAUACCUAUGUAAACUUUUUAGGAUUGUUCAAUUGGCGCGGUUGAUUAAAUUGAAAACCGUUUUUCUAUAAAACUAGUUUCUAUCCCGCGACAUUGUCUGCGGGAAUUUGGGAAUCAUAAUCGUAAUUUUUAAAAGGUAAAAUCAUUAAAGCGUAUAUAUAAAUCCAAAGUAUAUAUUUGUGCCAAGUUUCAUUAAUAACUAUCGAACUUUGUCAGUUUUAUUUAUAAAAAACAAAACUAAAUAUAAACAAACAUUCUUUCGCAUUUAGUUACGUAUUUCAAGUAAGAUCAACUAUCGUUACUUUUAAAAAAUCCGAAUACAGUCAAAUUGUAUUAGCGAAGUGGUUUUUAUUUACGGGAAAUAAAAAAUAAAACACUUUUUUUUAAUUUUCGUUUCUCAUUUUUCGUCAAACAUUUUAGGCGCGUAAAAAUGGUGACAGACUAAUUUACUAAUGAUGGCGGGUCUAUUAUAUUCAAAGAAAUAUAUUUUUAUAAUAUAAAAAGGAUUUAGGGACACUUGGUAUCACAUUUCUUUUAAUAUAAUAAAUACAUAACUUUUACAUACACAAUGAUAAUUAAACUUUUCAAGUAUUUUUUCAUAAGACAAAUGGUGGUAAUUUCUGAGUUCAGAGAAAUAAGAUAUUAUGUUGGCAUUCCAUACGAAACACUAUCUGUUUUGUUUAUUUGUGAAUUCAAAAAUGUUUUAUCGGUACAAUAAAUAAUAAUUAAUUGUCAGUGCAAAGUGAAGAUGCUCCAUAAUAAACUUGGAAAUAUUAUGCAUAAAAUUUUGAUUUAACUUCAACACUUCGUUGAACACAUUUUUUACCAAAAAAGAUUCAUACUCCAAAACAAAUUUUGCAUUACGUAGAGAUUAUUGAAUGUAAUGACUAAUUUAUAUGAAUCAAUAGUGCUAUUCGGUUUAUAAAGUCGAAAAUGUAAUUAAGUUGUUUAUUUCUUGAACUUGUUGCGCUGUUUUCAGUGCUACAUUCAACGCUAUAUUUGUAGCAGAGAGGCAAAUCGGUAGGUUCAUAUCAUUGAUCAAUGAACCAAUCGCCCGCACACCGCAUGCGGGUUCAAUUGAACAAUGUAAAUGACCAAUGCAUAGGUACUGUCUGUUCUCUAGAAAAUUUUGUCUACUAUUUUUUUUUUUAAAUACACAAACAUUAUGAAGAAUCUAUUUUUUUAUUAAGCGAGUAUUGUGCGCAAAUGUCCAAUAGUUCAUUUAAAACUAUGUUAACCUAUUCUUAUUUCUCUGCAGCUAAUUAAAGAUUAUUUAAUAAAUUAUAUCACAAUUAUAUUUUACCAUUAUUUCUGUUUCUUUAUAUAAACAGUAAAUAUAAAUUUAAAACCAUAACCAUAACCGCCUCCUGGUGAGAUUAACGGAACGAAGAUCUCAUAUUUAUUUUAAAAUAUCUAAUUUAUUGACAUCCCCCAUUCAAUUGUAAAUAAAAUGUAUACUAUUUAAAUGAUAACUUUCCUAGAUUUACGCUUAGUUUAUAUAAACACGGUCUAGAAUACCUACUUACGUGUGCCUGAAUAACAGUGAAACAGAACCCAUUUCAUUGUGAUUUAUUUAUUGAAACUUAUACUUAUUCCAUUUAUUCAAAAUUUGUUUCUUAAAAUAAUUAACCUUCUUUCAAAAAUAUUAUUUUAUUAAUCAGUUCUAUAUU